AUGAUGGAUACUUCUACUUCCUUACCACCUUUUGUUACUCCUACACUCACUUCACUACCCGAUUCAUCAAUCUCACCCACUUUUUCAAACAUUAUGGAUCAACCCAUCACUUGUUUUUUUCCUUCACAAUCCACCAAAGGAGAACAAUCUAUUACUGAUGGUAGUCAAGAUGGUGAUGAUGUUAUGAUAUCUUUAGCUGACAUCCAAUUUGAUCCUGAGGAGGACAAUAUUCUGUACCACAUGAUUAUGUAUGAGAAGGAAAAUCUAAAUUUCAAAGUUGAAGAUCUCCGUAAUGAGAUGACGAAGGAGGUUGUUAAACUUGAUCAAAAUUAUUCCAAUAUUCAUACGAAGAUUGAUAUAAUUGCUGAUGUUGUUACGAAGGUUUUUGAUUUCUAUAAUUCUCUUGUCACCAAGGUGGAACUGAAGUCUGCAUAUCAUUCAAAAGUUUUUGCCAAACUCGAAGAGUUAUUGGGGAGUUUGAAGGAAUCACUGUCCAGGAUUAUUGUGUCUCCUUCCUCUUCUAUUUCACAGGAGUCGCUUUCAACUUUAUUUUCUUCGUUGGAAAAUAAUCUUAAGGUUGAGAUUGCUCCUUUGUUACGAAUGGUGAAUUUGAUGCCAACUAAUGCCCCACAUGUUUCCCAAGUGGUGUAA